UUCCUUUGAAGUGAAAGAACAUCACAAAAGAUGACACACCGUGACUAACCACUGUACCUAUGUAAAGGUACGGCAAGGACAAUAAUGAUCAAAUAUGCGUAACGUUCACCGAUGACCGAUAACGAAACGGUGGUUAAGAACCCCAGCAAGAUAAUGGUGACAAAUAAUUGUACCAGAAACUCACUUUGGGAACAGGUGUGCGAAGAGUAUGAGAAUAAGCAUCUGGCUCCUACCAGCAAAGAUGGGACUGAGAAGGGCACACGGGUUUCACCAUCAGCUGCAUCACUCCAGCAUCCUAUCACAAGGUUUAUGCAAAGAAAUGUUUUCCCGGUCUUAUUUACUGGACUGGAUGCCUUAUUGAGCGAGGGUCAGAAACAUGGCUGUUUUCAGAGGAAAACCACAGCAUUCAACCCGUGUGACUUCCUAACCGAGUGGCUGUAUAAUCAUAACCCCUGCAGAGACGGACAGGUCUCGGUGAAGCUCUGGGACAUUCCCUUCGCGCAGAAUUGGCUCAUUGCCCACCCUAGGCGCCCGCUCCCGUUGUUCCUGCGGCUGAGCGAAGAGCAGGCCGCGCUGCUCAUUCAAGCUUUCUGGAGGGGAUAUAAAAUCAGAGUGCGCCAAGACGUGCAAGAGUUGCGCAAGUGGCAGAAACAACUGAGAGAAAACCGGGACAUUGUCAGAACCGUGUGGCAGUUUUGGUCCAGGCAGGAAAGACGACUGGGCGUGACGAUGAACGACCUCCCAGAAGUCCCCUUUUCUGGUAAUUCCGAUGUGUCUGUUCACGUGGUUUUUCCAAGCCCCAGGGCUCAAUGUUCCACACCGGUACCGCACUGAUGACAUCAGAAAAUAGAAUUGACUGAAAAAAACGGUGCUGUCGUUUAACGGUUGACGACCACUUUGUGUGUCAGCUACCGUAGCUAGUCAGCUUUUCUUUACAGCGUAUAUAUAUAUAUA